AUGGCAGAGCAGAGCACGUCCGCGUCCUCACGACACGUCGCCAGAACGCUCCGCAACGCCUGGCGGCUGUCACUGCUGCGAUUUGAGGCGCAUUCCGAUGUGUGCAGCAGGCUCGAAGUACCGAGCUUAUGCGUGUGCGCCAGCAUGCCAGGGCUUUUGAUGGCUUGCAGCCUCGAGGGCCUCGCAAGCGGUCCUUCUCGGGACGCGGAUAGAGUGGGCCGCCUGCCAUCGUCUCGACCCGGAAUGCAAUUGCAAAGGGGGGCCUUCGGCAAGACCCUGAAAUUUUCCCAGCCUAAGCGACAGCCGCGAAGGAUCGAACGCUGGGGAAAUUUCAAUGCUGUUAGACCUAAGCUCUGGAUUGGGACGAGCGUCGCUCAACAAAGCACCGACGAGUCAUCCGCCUAUCUUUUGAGCAAAAAAAUGGAAGAAGCAGCUGCACGGCCAAUUUCGCACUCGGCCGCUUGGGCCAUCCCGCUCAUCAGUGGGCUCGCGCUCGGCUCGCAGGAUCUUGAAGAUACACUCGCUUGCCUCCAACCACUUCAUACGACCUCCAACCGACUGCCGCAUCCCUUCUUGUAG